AUGAGGGACAAAAAGAAGAUCAGCCUUCCCGCAAAAUUGAUCAAUGGAGGAAUAGCUGGGCUUGUGGGGGUGACCUGUGUCUUCCCUAUUGAUUUAGCCAAAACCCGUCUCCAGAACCAGCAAGGACAAGGAGUCUACACUGGAAUGCGGGAUUGUUUGGUGAAGACCAUUCGCUCGGAAGGGUUCUUCGGCAUGUAUCGAGGAGCCGCUGUAAAUCUAACUCUGGUCACUCCUGAAAAAGCAAUCAAGCUGGCAGCCAAUGAUUUCUUCCGACAGUUGCUUACCCAGGAUGGAAAAGAGUUGACGUUGGUGAGGGAGAUGCUUGCUGGCUGUGGAGCUGGGACUUGCCAGGUGGUGGUCACAUCCCCAAUGGAAAUGUUGAAAAUCCAACUCCAGGAUGCUGGACGGCUGGCUGCUCAUCAGCAGAAGGCGUUGAGGCAGGACGGUCCAGCUGCUCCUGCCACCCAUCCACCGCCAGGACAGCCGUACGCUUCUGGGUCCACGGCAGCCUCCAAACGGCCCUCUGCCACUGUGAUCGCCAGAGAUCUCCUGCAAACCCAGGGACUAGCAGGCCUGUAUAAAGGAUUGGGGGCCACCCUCCUCAGGGAUGUCCCCUUUUCAGUUAUAUAUUUCCCACUCUUUGCAAACAUCAACAAACUGGGACAGAAGCACCAUGAAGAGAAAGCUUCUUUCUUGCACUCCUUCAUGUCUGGCUGUGCGGCAGGAUCCGUGGCUGCAGUGGCGGUGACCCCGCUGGAUGUUCUAAAAACCCGAAUUCAAACGCUCAAGAAAGGCCUUGGCGAGGACACCUAUAAUGGGAUCAUUGACUGUGCCAGGAAGGUCUGGAUUCAUGAGGGCCCAGCCGCCUUCAUGAAAGGGGCCGGGUGCCGGGCACUGGUGAUCGCUCCUCUCUUUGGCAUUGCUCAAGGGGUCUACUUCAUUGGCAUUGGAGAAUACAUUCUGGGAUUUUUCCACUAGCGCCCACGGCAGCCGAG